UACGGAUGCUAGGUUUGAUAACAUGCUUGAUGUACCUCUUAGUUUUCCGUUUCCUUAUAUCAGAUCUGCUUCUAGGUGCCGUUAUGCUGAUAUACCGUUAAACCCAGGAAUUCCUGACAUAGAUUUAAAUAUUCAAGUUCUGUCCCAAUCUAAUGGAACAGUUUGUAUUUGUUAUCAGCAUUUAUUACAAGCCAGAAAAUCUGAGAAACCGCCUGAAGAGAAAGAUGAUAUUUUUGAUAUUGAUUAUUAUAUUUGUAUGGUUCAUCAUGCUAAAACAUUACAUGGAUGUGUAAAUGGUUUACGUAAAUCAGUUAUAAAAAAUAAAAGAGUUCAUUUUCAAUGGUGUGGUGGAUAUUUAGGUGUUCUACUUCCAGGUGUAUUUUUACAUUUAUUAAAUGUUACAAUAGAUUAUGAACCAUGUCAUCAUAUGUUAUUACAUAGUGGGCUAAAUGAACUGGAACUAGUCACUUCCACAUCAUCAUUAUCAAACCCUGGUGACAACUCCCGAUCUAAUGAAACGUCGCUUGAUACCGACAUACAAUCAUUACAGGAUGACAGGAGAGUUUUAUCUCCAGACCACACCUCAUCACUAGAUACUAGUCCAUUAACACUGUCCAUGUCUUCCACAUUACCUGAAGAGGAUAACGAGUCGUCCAUUACUACUUCCAGUCUACCUAUUAUUAUGUCUGUGAUGAGCGAGAAUUCUUUAACGAUACGCUCACUGACAUCUUGUUUUGGCUUUACACGAGAAUCAUCAGGUAGUAAUCUUGUAUAUGAUCAGAGAAGUGGAAUUGUAUGGAAAAUAUCUCUCAAUCCUGAAACUUUAUUAAAAUAUUUUCAAAGAGCAUCAUGGCCGACCCGUUUGGCAAUACUACACUAUGUACUUACUAGAACCAAAGAUUUUUUUUAUGUCAAAAAGGCAAGUAUCCUCACCUGAUCAAUGUAAUAUCUCUCAAGCAUUAGAUCCAGAUAAAGUUGGUAGUCUUUGUUGU